UAACUUCCGAGAAACUUCCCUCUAACCCAAGCAGCUCCAGAACCAAACUCCAGGAGGGCCCUUUAAAUCUGCAAAAUUCCUGCAACCUAAAUGUAUCCCGAGGAGAGACGGAUUGUUACAUUGUAAGGAAUCCGGCUGUAGCUUCCUCCGGUGUCGGCGGCUGAGGUGGAGGGACGUGGAGCGCGGUGAAUGUGCCCCGAGUCCCCGGCUGCUGUAUAUGGAAUCACAAUGAUACUCCGGAUCACUGCGGUCACCGCCAUCUGCUGCUGCCUGCUGUCCGCUGCCCGCUGCCAGGACCAGUCCAUCCAAGUCCCGCAAUUCCUGGUCCAGCCGUUGUCUACAUUCCAGAAAUACGGUGGAUCGGUCACUCUUAGUUGCGUGGUGGAACCAGCCAGUGCAGCCAUCUCCUGGAGGUUGAAUGGAGAUGAGCUGGGAAAAUUCCCUGGGAUUGUGAUCUCAGGAGGAACCUUGGUGAUUACUGGGCUGAACAAUGAUACCGCAGGAAGAUAUCAGUGCAUCGCUCGCUCCCCGGCUGGAGCCAUGGCCAGCGUUCCAGCAAUUGUCACCCUAGCUAAUCUGCAGGAUUUCAAGUUUGACACCCAGCACGUCAUCGAGGUAGAUGAAGGGAACACGGCCGUCAUCGCCUGUAACUUACCGGAGAGUCACCCCAAGGCGCAAGUGCGGUACAGCGUCAAGCAGGAAUGGCUGGAGACGUCCAGAGAUAAUUACCUCAUCAUGCCCUCUGGGAACCUACAGAUAGUGAACGCCACGCAGGAAGAUGAAGGAACUUAUAAGUGUGCGGCAUACAACCCAGUGACCCAGGAGGUGAAGACAUCGGUGUCUAGUGACCGACUUCGUGUUCGACGGUCCACGGCAGAGGCCGCCCGUAUCAUCUACCCACCAGUGGCCCAAACCAUUAUUGUCACCAAAGGCCAAAGCCUCAUUCUAGAGUGCGUGGCGAGUGGCAUGCCACCUCCUAGAGUCUCCUGGGCGAAAGAUGGGGCUGAUGUGAGUGGCUACAACAAAACACGCUUCUUACUUACCAACCUCCUGAUAGAGGCCACGAGUGAGGAGGAUUCUGGGAUGUACACCUGUACGGCCACCAAUGGAAUUGGGGAGGGUGGAUCGGCCUUCAUCUUCUAUAAUGUACAAGUUUUUGAACCUCCAGAAGUCAACAUGGAGAGCUCCCAGCAGAUCAUCGCCUGGGGCCAAAGUGCAAAGUUCACUUGCAACAUUAAGGGCAAUCCUCAGCCCUCUGUGGUGUGGUUGAAGAAUGCGGUGGCCCUUCUACCCAGCUCAAGGCACAAGAUUUCCAGGAGAAUCCUUCGGGUCAACAGUGUGGGGCCCGAGGAUGAUGGCAUCUACCAGUGCGUAGCCGAGAACGAGGUUGGGAGUGCACAAGCGUUAACUUUCCUAAUGACCACAAGGACAGAAACAUUUCCAAACUUGGCAUCAGAGAGAGAUGAUCUUCCUCCAACUGCACCUCUGAUCCCAGAUGACAAACAGCUGCUCUUAAAGGCUCAGUUGAAACCGAGACCUCCCACCCCAGGACUACCCGUUCCAUGUCUGCCUGACAAGGCUAAUGUCCUACAGCCUGAGGCUCCGAUAAUACUCAGCUCUCCUCGGACCUCAAAGACUGAUUACUAUGAACUGACUUGGAAACCGCGACACAAUGGUGGAGCCGCGAUUCUGUUUUAUACUGUCAAACAUCGCAAGCAGGUGGUAAAUGCCACAGAUGAUUGGACAGUGUCACGUGUCCCGGGAACACAACAUCGCCAAAUACUCACCAAACUAGACCCUGGCAGCUUGUACGAAGUGGAGAUGGCGGCCUAUAACUGUGGCGGGGAGGGGCAGACGGCCAUGAUGACCUUCCGGACCGGACGGCGUCCAAAACCAGAAAUCAUUGCCAGUAAAGAGGUUCAGAUCCAGAAAGAUGAUCCCGGGACGAGCACCGUAAGCACCAUCCAGUCCGACAACAACCGUCUAUCUCCUCCAGAGGCUCCGGACCGACCCACCAUCUCCAUGGCUUCAGAGACGUCCGUGUUUGUGACGUGGAUCCCAAGAGGAAACGGCGGAUUUCCCAUCCAGUCCUUCCGUGUAGAGUACAAGAAGAUGAAGCAGCCUGGAGAUUGGAUACUGGCCACCAGUGACAUUCCACCAUCUCGACUGUCUGUGGAGAUCUCAGAGCUCGAGAAAGGAACCGCCUACAAAUUCCGGGUGAGAGCCCUGAACAUCUUAGGAGAAAGUCAACCCAGCGCCCCCUCCAGACCGUACAUGGUGUCAGGAUACAGCAACCGCAACUAUGAGCGUCCGGUCACAGGGCCCUAUAUCACCUUCACGGAAGCCAUCAACGAGACCACCAUUAUGCUGAAGUGGAUGUACACCCCAGCGAGUAACAACAACACUCCCAUCCAUGGCUUCUAUAUCUACUAUCGCCCCACGGACAGCGACAACGACAGCGAUUACAAGAAAGACAUGGUGGAAGGCGACCGUUACUGGCACUUCCUUACCGAUCUUCAGCCAGAAACCUCUUACGAUAUUAAGAUGCAAUGUUAUAACAAGGGAGGGGAGAGCGAGUUCAGUAAUGUCAUGAUCUGUGAAACCAAAGCUCGAAAGUCAGGUCGCCAGCCCCUACCCGCCGCGCCAUCACCGCAGCCGCCACCCAACAGAAACGGACCUCUGGGAACAGCGACAGUGGCGCGAUCCAGUGACCUACCAUAUCUGAUAGUGGGUGUGGUUCUGGGGUCCAUUGUUCUCCUCAUAGUCGCUUUCACCCCCAUCUGCCUGUGGAGGGCGCUGUCCAAGCAGAAGCAAACAGACGUGACUUUUCCCAGUACAGGACUCCUUAACCCCUCCUCCUGCCAGUACACCAUGGUGCCGCUCCGCGGGGCCCCGGUCAUCAGCACCAUCCCUUACUCUAACGGGUCUGUGGAGAAUGGAAACUGUCCUUCAGCCAAACUGGUGUACCCCGGGGGCAAGCAAAGAGAUUACUGCACCGAGACCCUGCACAAGGAUGAGGCCAAUACCCUGCUAGAGAAUGACUGCGGACCCCCCGAGCACAUGGACCUUCACCCCGCAGAGUUAUAUGAACGGCAGAUCAGCGACGUGACCAUAAAGUGCGACUUGUGUGAUCAGGUCACCACCGAGAGAACUCAUCCUUAUGUAGAGAUCUCCCCACUGGAGGACCAGGGGUCACCCCGAAUACCAGACGCCAACCAGACGUUCCCCAUCCUGGCUGUGCCCACCGAACACUCCAUAUGCCAAGAGUGCUCGUGCUUCCUGCCCCCGGUGGAGAUGGCGGACAGUCUGGUGAAGCUGAAUUCUCUCUUGGACCCCCAGUUCCAUCUCACCCCAGUACAGACCAGCGAUCCAGAGGACAGUUCCUCCCAGCACACAUCCCAAGGACCGGCUACUUAAUGGAGCGAGGACUUAAUAACGGACUAUAUAUAUGGGAUGAUGGAGCUGAAAGACAGAAUUCUGCUGAGAAGCCAACACUACGUGUCCAGCGAUGCCGCAGAGCAGACCCUGAACCAGCAGGGAGCAGCAGAGCGAUCCUGUCCAUAGAGGCUGAGCCUAAACCUCCUGGGCCCUCAUGUCAAAUGUGCUCUAGGGCCCCAGACGUGGCCCCGCUCAGUACUAUUCUGUCUCCAGCUCGUUCACCCCCCGAUAAGAUAAAUGGAGUCUAUUUUUCUACUAUAGAUAUUUAUAUAUUUAUGCCGUGUACAUAGAUUUAUUUUCUUUAUAAGAGAAGAUUCGUAUGGUCAUAGUCCCGCGACCGCCCUCCCCCACAAUUCCACAGGACCCCCCCCCAGAUCUAAUGUAUAGCUUGUGCUAGCAUGUAAGCCCAGCGAGGCGCGAGGCACAGUGUGAGGCGCCCAUGUGAUAUGUAUCCCCCGCCUUCAUGCAAUAUCUGACAUCUGGCUGCUUUCAGUGUCAUUGUAAGAAAA